AUGGAGAACGCGACGAGCAUCCACUACACGGCCCUAACGUCCAACUAUUCGUUCUCGUUGUUCAAGGAACUCAGCAGUUCCGUCGAAGGCAACGUUUUCGUGUCCACGUACAGCAUACAGUUUCUGUUGCUGCUCCUGGCCUUUGGAUCCAAGUCCAAGACCAGCGAUCAACUCAAGUCGGUCUUACAUCUGUCCAAAGACAAACCGCCAAAUUACGAAAACAUCAAAUCGAUGAUAACAAAACUCGAGGUCCCCGGCCAUUUGACCGUCGCCAAUGGAAUUUUCUCGGACAAAGCAUUCAGUUUAAAUCCAGAGUACACGAAAAAUACUCAAAAGUACCUGAACUCCGAAGUGAGAAGUGUUGACUUCUCCGGUAAUCCUACGUCCGGGGAGUCGGAAGUAAACAAAUGGGUCAAUAGCAAAACGAAUGGGAAAAUUUCGGGAAUUUUCAAACCAGGCGACAUUAAAAAGGACACAGUUUUGGUUUUGGCGUCGGCCGUACACUUCCAAAACUCGUGGAAAAAAGAAUUCACCGAGACGAAGAACGCGAGCUUCUGCCUCACAGCUAAGAACCACAUCGAUAUCAAAAUGAUGCACCAAACCGGUAACUUCAAAUACUUCAAGGACGAUAAAUUGAAGUUCGCAGCCGUCGAAAUACCGUACAAAGUGGGAGGUUACGAGAUGCUGAUCGUAUUGCCGGACAAGAUGGACGCUGUAAAGGACUUGGAAAACGUGUUCCUGAAGAAAUCCAAAAACUACGCUCACUUGCUGAACAACAUGACCAUACACAACGUCGAGUUGGACGUACCGAAGUUUAAGUUCGAAUCGGACAUGGAUCUCGAAAAAACCAUGCAAAAAUUGGGAUUAACCGAAAUGUUCUUGCCGACUGCCGAUUUCUCCGAGCUCAGCUCUUCGGGUGCCGGCAAGCUGAGGGUCAGCAGCAUGAAACACAAGACUUACGUGGACGUCAAUGAAAAGGGCACCGAAGCAGCAGCCGUUACCGGUGCCACCAUCGAGAACUACAAUCUGGAAUACGAUCCAAAAGACAUCAAGAAAGUCAAGUUCCACGCGUGUCAUCCGUUCUUGUUCAUCAUCAAGAAAGACAAAGACAUCAUUUUCAUGGGUAGACUGUCCAACCCGACAGCUUAA